AUGUCCCGGAACGCGGUGGUCGUCUUGCGCUACGGGCCGUACAGCGCGGUGGGCCUGGCCGUGGAGCACCGCACCUUCCGCCUGGAGGGCCUGCAAGCUGUGCUGGCCAGCGAUGGGCACGAGGUCAUCCUAGCGAAGACAGAAGACUGGAACGUGGUAGAACUCAUGGUGAAUGAAGAGGUGGUCUUCCGCUGCCACAUCAAGGACUUGGAGUUUGGAGGUGAUGGAAAAUUAGACCCACUGUGUGAAAAGGCCAGGAUAGCCGUGCUGAAUGCCUGCUGA